AUGGACCAGCUGGCACGCUGGCAGGAGUUCAUGCAGGAUUUUGACUUUGAAUGCCAGUACCGCCCGGGCCACAAGCAUGGCAACGCAGAUGCCCUUUCCCGCUUUCCCCACGUCACUGACGCAGACCCCGAUGUACAGACAGCCGGCGUUAACGCUAUUGUUGUGUCGGAGCCUACACGCCACGAAUGGGCAACAGCGCAAACAGCGGACCCUGACACGGCCACUAUUUACCGCCACAUGAGUCUAGGGCUUCCCAAACCUGCCGAGCGGGAAAUGAGAGGCACCAGCCAGAGCGCGCGCCUAUUGCUCAACCAGUGGCCCUACCUCACCAAAGAGAAUGACAUAUUGUUUCUCCGUGACCCCACUUCCAACCGGCUACGACCCGUCGUUCUUGGAUGCUUGGUAGAAUCCGUACUCACUGACCUCCACACACAGCUCGGGCACAGCGGCCAACGCCGCACGGAACUCGCUGCUCGCAGCCGCUUCUGGUGGCCUCAACUACGUUCGGCCGGACAACGCUUCUGUCAGUCCUGCGCCACAUGCGCUACGUUCAAACCCCCCUCCACCGCACCUCGUGCCCCGCUGCAACUUAUGACUACCGGCUUCCCGGGAGAGCGUGUCGGCCUGGACAUCGUAGGACCCUUUCCGAUAUCGGUGCGCGGGUUUGAGUACGUAUUAGUCAAGGUGGACUAUUUCACCAAGUGGGUGGAAGCCGUGCCACUCCUCCGCCAGGACGCGGCAUCAGUCGCAAAUGCCAUUAGCCGCACUUGGAUUAGCCGUUGGGGCGCCCCCUUGUCAUUCCAUUCCGACUGCGGCGCUAAUUUUCAGUCCCAGCUCCUACAAGACGUCUGCGAGAUUCUAGAGAUUCGCAAAACCCGAACUACCCCGUACCACCCCGAAGGCAACGGCCUUGUAGAAAGGACCAACCGCACGCUGCACGACCUCUUACUGGCAUUUUCACGGGACGGGCACGAACACGACUGGGACGCACAUUUACCUCUGUGCCUCCUAGCUUAUCGCGGAACAGUACAUUCUUCCACGGGGUUCACACCUCACUACCUCUGGACUGGCCGUGACCUACGCCUCCCAGCCGACCUUCGCUACCCCCUACCCACACCCGACCCGUCAACAUUACACGAGUACGCCAGCACCUCCGAGGGGUCAUACGCUCAGCUCAUAACGCUGCCCGCGUCGCAUUGGGAGUGGCCACCCAGCACCAAAAAGAGCAGUUUGACCGCCGCACCGCUGGCACCCCACACCAAGUUGGCGACCUGGUGA